UGACAGCUGCUGUUAAAAUGGGAAAUAUAUUGACUGCAUUAUGAAAAUCAAGUGCACACCCUUGACAGAGCUCUAUAAAGUAGCAUGAAGGCCCAACCCAUGAAGAGAUAUGAGGUGCUCUGGAUAAUUGCCAUUCCUCCUGGUGGUAAAAAAGUUUCUCUGUUGCACUGAUGAUGUUUGGAAUUGAAAUAAAUAUAUGACCGGACUCUUCCUCUGUCCGUCAGAUGAACGGUGAGAUGAGACCGAUGCGGGUGCUAGUGACAGGCGGCAGCGGCCUUGUGGGGAAAGCCAUAGAGCGUGUGGUGAAGCAGGAAGGAGGAGCGAGAGAAGGGGAGGAGUGGAUCUUCCUCAGCUCGAAAGACGCAGAUCUGACAAACCCAGCUGAGACGAGGGCCAUCUUCAAGAAACAUCAGCCCACACACGUUAUUCACCUCGCAGCUGUAGUGGGCGGGCUCUUCAUGCACCUGAGACAGAACCUAGAUUUCCUGAGGAAGAACCUGGCCAUCAACGAUAACGUGCUACAAACGGCUCAUGAGUUCGAUGUGGUGAAAGUCGUCUCGUGUUUGUCCACGUGCAUUUUUCCGGAUAAAACCACCUACCCCAUUGAUGAGACUAUGAUCCAUAACGGUCCUCCUCAUGAGUCCAAUUCGGGUUAUGCCUACGCCAAGAGGAUGGUUGACGUAUACAACAGGGCCUGUUUUCAGCAGCAUGGACGGCGAUACACAGCUGUCAUUCCCACAAACAUUUUUGGCCCACAUGACAAUUUCAACAUCGAGGAUGGUCACGUUGUACCUGCACUCAUCCAUAAGACUUACAAAGCAAAGAGGGACGGAACGGCUCUGGAGGUGUGGGGUUCCGGUCAAGGACUACGUCAGUUCAUCUUCUCUGUAGAUUUGGCUCGUCUUUGUGUUUGGGUGCUGAGAGAAUACGAGGAAAUCCAACCCAUCAUUCUCUCAGUAGGGGAGGAGGAUGAGAUGACCAUUAAAGAUGCAGUCGAUGCAAUUGUGGAAUCUUUCGGCUUCACAGGACCUGUGAUUUACGACACGAGCAAAUCUGAUGGUCAGCUGAAGAAAACGGCGAGUAACGCUAAACUGAGACACUACCUUCCUAAUUUUACCUUCACUCCAUUCCAUAAAGCCAUGAAGGAGACGUGUGAUUGGUUCGCUGCGAAUUACGACAGCGCUCGCAAAUAAUUAUUCUGCGAUUGUGCGAGCUGCGGAGUGACGAGCUUUCUACACUUCAUCUGUACGUGUUGUUAAUCCGGUUGUGAGCGGUCUCUCAAUCAAGACAUGAUCUCAGGAAAUCUGUUUACAAAUCUCUUUUAAUCCACAUGAUGUACCUUUUUAAUCUGAUG